GGGUGGGAGGAGAGGGUGGCCCCGAAAAGCGGAGGUUGCUGGAGCUCAGGUGGAGAAGGACGGAUGGAUGGAUGGGGACAGCAGCAGCAGGAGGCGGUCAGAGGGCAUUGGGAGCUGUUGAUCUCAAUGGGGAAUGUGCGGCCACAUCCGUCACUGGGCAAGAGAGACUGAGGGGCUGGAGGGAGAAUUCCAGUUUCACCUGAAGGCAGUGCCCUGUGCAGGACCAGACCCCGCGUUGUGUGUGUGUAUGAGAGAGAGAGUGUGUGUGUGUGAGUGUCAGAGAGAGUGUGUGUGUGUGUCAGAGUUUGAGAGAGUGUGUGUGAGAGAGAGUGUGUGUGUGUGUGUGAGAGUGUGAGAGUGUGUGAGAGAGAGUGUGUGUGAGAGAGGAGUGUGUGUGAGAGAGAGAGUGUGUGAGAGAGUGUGAGAGGAGUGUGUGUGUGAGAGAGUGUGAGAGAGAGAGGAGUGUGUGUGUGAGAGAGUGUGUGUGAGAGAGUGUGUGUGUGAGAGAGAGAGGAGUGUGUGUGUGUGUGUGUGAGAGAGAGAGAGUGACCUGGGUCGAGGCUGAGGGCUGGAGCUCCUCUUCAAGCUGGAGAGCCCGGGCUGCUCUCCUGCUGGACUUUUCCAGGGAAAGGCGAUGGAAGCCUCCCAGGCCGGACACUGCCAUGACUCUGGGGUAGGGGAUCUGGAGGAGGAGCCGCUAAAAUGCCAGUCCCCGGCCACCACAGCCAGAGGUGAGGAGCAGCCCCCGCUUUUACCUAGGCUGCUGGCCUCCAGCUCCCCGGUGUUCAGGGCUGCUCCAGGGCACCUACAGGCACCCAGCUCCCGACCCGGCAGCCUCCUCUACCUGGAUGACCACACUUCCUCGGGAGGCAAACACCGCCAGGCUAGCCCCCUGGUCCACCGCAGGGACAGUAACCCGUUCACCGAGAUCGCCAUGAGCAGCUGUAAGUAUAACGGCGGCGUGGUGAAGCCCCUCAGCAGCCUCAGCACCUCCAAACGGAACCUGAUCGAGCCCCCCGAGCCAGACUCGCAGCCGCUGCAGCUAUUCGGCUGCCAGCAGCAUCACCAGCGGCUGGCCAACACGCCCGAGAUAGUCAUCUCCUGCCGGGAGCAGGACCAGGAUCAGCAGCAGUUCCUUUACUGUCACCAGAAGCAUCCAGUUUACCCCAGCACCGGCUCCUCUGGCACCAGCGGCCCCGGGGGCACCAAAGGCGGCAACAAGAGGAAGAACCAGAACAUCGGCUACAAACUGGGUCACCGCAGGGCCCUGUUCGAGAAGAGGAAAAGGCUCAGCGACUACGCUCUCAUCUUCGGCAUGUUUGGCAUCGUUGUCAUGGUGAUCGAAACCGAGCUGUCUUGGGGCAUCUACACCAAGGGCUCUAUGUAUUCGCUCACCCUGAAAUGUCUUAUCAGCCUAUCCACAUUGAUCCUGCUGGGACUCAUCAUCGCCUACCAUGCCAGGGAAGUCCAGCUUUUCAUGAUAGAUAAUGGAGCUGAUGAUUGGAGGAUCGCUAUGACCUAUGAGCGGAUUUUCUUUAUCAGCUUGGAGAUGGUGGUGUGUGCCAUUCACCCAGUGCCUGGGCGUUAUAUAUUCCACUGGAAAGCCCGCCUGGCAUUCUCCUACACACUGUCCGAGACCUGGGCUGACGUGGACAUCAUCCUCUCCAUUCCCAUGUUCCUCCGGCUCUACCUCAUUGCCCGGGUCAUGCUGCUUCACAGCAAGCUCUUCACAGACGCCUCCUCGCGUAGCAUUGGGGCGCUGAACAAAAUCAAUUUCAACACACGCUUCGUCAUGAAGACUCUCAUGACCAUUUGCCCAGGCACGGUGCUCCUCGUCUUCAGCAUUUCGUUGUGGAUCAUCGCCGCCUGGACCGUCCGUGUCUGUGAGAGAUACCAUGAUAACCAGGAUGUCACCAGUAACUUUCUAGGGGCAAUGUGGCUCAUCUCAAUCACCUUUUUGUCCAUUGGCUAUGGCGACAUGGUGCCCAACACUUACUGCGGGAAGGGAGUCUGCUUGUUGACUGGGAUCAUGGGUGCAGGAUGUACAGCACUGGUGGUAGCUGUCGUUGCUAGGAAACUAGAACUAACCAAAGCUGAGAAACACGUCCAUAACUUCAUGAUGGAUACACAGCUCACUAAGCGGAUAAAAAAUGCAGCAGCCAAUGUUUUGCGGGAGACCUGGCUGAUUUACAAACACACAAAACUGCUCAAAAAGAUCGACCAUGCCAAAGUGAGGAAGCACCAGAGGAAGUUCCUGCAGGCUAUCCAUCAGCUUCGUAAUGUGAAGAUGGAGCAGAGGAAACUCAAUGACCAGGCAAAUACUCUAGUUGACCUCUCAAAGAUGCAGACAAUCAUGUAUGACCUGAUCACAGAGCUGAACGAUCGAGGCGAAGACCUGGAGAAGCAGAUAAUGAGCCUGGAGAACAAGCUGGAGGGACUGACCAGCAGCUUCCAUGCCCUGCCAAGAUUGAUCGCCGACACCCUGCAGAAACAGCAGCAGCAACUCCUCAGCGCUAUUGCCGAGGCUGGCAGCACACAUGGUGACUCCCAGCACUCUGACAGCCAACUGGGACUCAGCUCCCCCUCCUUCCCGACCCCUUGUACCAGUUCCAGCAGCUGUUAGGGCCCUGAACCUUGGACCAGGAGUGAUUUAUUUUUCCCCUAACAUCUUCCUCCCAACCCCUUCACCUUCCACACCACCCUCCACUUCAGUUCUAUGAACAGAAAGAUGGGAUUGCAGGCAUUGUAGGACCAGAGCUCUCAUCUUAACGCAGAAUUGCCUUUUACCCCGUUUCUUCCCCAUGGGGUGUUGACACUCCCUCUCCGCUGCUACUCUGCUACACCGACCCCACCCUCCAGCUCCUUCCAAGUUGCUGCCAGGUGAGGCAAAAAGAAAGGAACAGGUUCAGUUCUGAAACAAGAAGACAAGUGUGUUGGUUGAGGGGUUUGCUGGCCAGGAGAAGAAGUAAGGAUUACCCUCUCACAGGAGCUGAGAUGCGGGGCUUCUUCAAAUAAUAGCAAAACCUGCAGCCAUCACUAGGACACUUCCUGUCAUUGCCUAUUGCCAAAACCGUGAUUGCUUUUAUAAAGGGAAGAAAUACAUAUAUAAACAAAAAACAAAAUAAGCACAACACGAGCCCCUUCACUGCUGGGUGUAGCCAUCAGCAUUUCCCUGCCUGCUUUAAGCUUGGCACCAGCUUGUCUGGCUGGUCACACAUAAGACCUGUGGCUUCCUGCCCCACUACAGGAUUUGAGCCCAUGAUCCAGGCUGACCAGUGCUCCAGGACACCGGUGAAAGUAGAUAUUACAAAUCCCACAGCUGACCUCCUUUGCUAGGUGAACAGCUCUGCCUGGUGUCCCAGAGCCAAAAGUCAACCAAAAAAAUAAAGCAACAAAAUGGAUGUAACUGGUUGGCUCGUCCAGAUACAACCAAACAAAACAGGAGUGAUUCCUGAUGAGGAAAUUACAACCACAGCAGGAGCAACAGGGAGAGGAAGAAAGUACUUGACAUUUCUUAGGGCCUUUCAAGUCAAGGUCAAUUUGGCUUUUUGUUUGAAAACCAGCCAAAAUGAUCCUUCUGUUUCCCCAGCAAUGCAAUGAUAACAGAAAGUUUGAUUUUAUGCAAAAUUCUUGUCUGCCGAUCUGUAGGGCGGAAUGGACGUGUUGAAUAAUGAGUGGUGUCCCUGCACUGUAUGCGUGUAUCGGGUAAAGGGAGACAUGACCCUUUCAAUUUUUUUUAAAGAAGAAAGACUACUACUUAGAAAUUACAUAGAAUUUACAGCACAGAAACAGGUCAAUCCUGAGCGUAAAAAAAAUGUGGUCGCACCUUGCCUUUGCGAUUCCUCAUUCUUUUCUCAAAAAGACACAAUGAAACGUUGACCUUACUAACUUGGAGAAGAAUGUUGAAACCCCAAAAGGGACUAUUUAUCAGUAUCUGUAUGCAUUUUAUAUCAGUAUAACGAUGAUGGAUUUGCUUCAGUAUUAUACAACUGUUAAACUAUCUAGGUUGGCAACAGACUCUCAUUGUAUGAAAAAUUAGCUUCAACCAGAGUGGCCAACGGUGUGGUGCAUCCUUUUGUUUUGAAGUGCCCUCUAGUUGCAUUUCCUCUCCUCUCUCUAGGAGUGGGUGAAGACGAGGGGUGGGGUGUAGAAUACAGGAUCCAAAGGCAUUAAUUACCUCUUAAACUCUGAGCCAUACCCCAUCCUUCAUGUGUGACUCCAGAUGGCAAAAGACAGAGGGACUUAAGUUGUGAAGAGGACAUAAAGAGUCUAAAAAAGGGGUACAGAUGUGUUCAGUGAUUUGGCAAAGAUAUGGUAAAUGGAGUAUAAUGUGGGAACAUAUGAAAUUAUCCAUUAUAACAGAGAGAAUAAACAGAAGUAUAGUAUCUAAAAGGUGAGUGUACAGAGCUCUGAGAUGCUGGGAAUCUGAGGUAUCCUAAUCAUGAGUUACACAGCAUUGAAACAGGCCCUUUGGUCCAACUCAUUCAUGCCUACCAGAUAUCCUAAACUGAUCUAGUCCCACUUGCCAUCAUUUGGCCCAUAUCUCUCUAAACCCUUUCUAUUCAUGUACCCAUCCAGAUGCCUUUUAAAUGUUGUAAUUGCACCAGCCUCCACCACUUCCUCUGGCAGCUUGUUCCAUACACGCACUACCCUCUGUAUGAAAAAGUUACCCCUUAGGUCCCUUUUUAAUCUUUCUCCUCUCAAAUUAAACCUAUGGCCUCUAGUUUUGGACUUCCCGACCCCAAGAACGGCUAUUCAACCUUGUACCAAUCAUGUACCUCAUGAUUUUAUAAACCUCUCUAAGGUCACACCUCAGCCUCAAAUGCUCCAGGGGAAAAUAGUCCCAGCCUAUUCAGCCUCUUUCUCUAGCUGAAACCCUCCAAUCCUGGCAACAUCACUGUAAAUAUUUUCUGAACUCUUGCAAGUUUAACAGCAUCUUUCCUACAGCAGGGAGACCAGAAUUGAAUGCAGUAUUCUAAAAUUGUUCUAAUCAAUGUUCUAAACAGUACGAUGACAAUACGAUGUCCCAAUUCCUGUACUCAAUUCACAGAUGAAUGAAGGCAAGUACGCCAAAAACCUUCCUCACCACCCUGUCUACCUGUGACUCCACUUUCAAGGAACUAUGCACCUGCACUCUAGGUCCCCUUGUUUGGCAAUAUUGCCCAGGGUCCGAUCAUUAGUUGUAUAAAUCCUGCUCUAAUUUGUCUUAACAGAAUGCAACAUAUCAUAUUUAUCUAAAUUAGACUCCAUCUGCCACUCCUCAGGCCACUGACCCAUCUAAUCAAAGUUCAUUGUAUUGAUAUAACCUUCUUCACUGUCCACUACACCACCAAUUUUGGUGUAAUCUGCAAAUUUACUAACCAUACUUCCUACUUUCACAUCCAAAUCUAAGAAGGACAUUUAUGCAGAUACAAGAAGUAAAACAAAAUCCAUCAAAAUGUUAUGUUUUAUUGGAGGGGAGUUAAAAGCAAGAGUAUGGAAGUUCUGCUUCAGUUAUAUAGGGCAUUGGUGAGUUGGUAUAUGUAGUACUUGUGUAGUACUGGUCAGUUUUGGAAAGAUGUUAAUGUGUUGGAACCAAUUCAGUGAAGGAUUACUAGAUUAAUACCUGGAAUGAACAGAUUGCUUUAUGAGGAGAGGCUAGACAGUCUCAGCCUGUAUCCUCUGGAAUUUAGAAGAGUCAGAGGUGACUUGAUUGAAACACAGACAAUCCUGAGGUGACUUUACUGGGUGGAUAUAUAAAGGAUAUUUCCUCUUGUGGGAAAUCUAGAACUAGAGGUCAUCAUUUAAAGGUAUGGAUCAUUCAUUUAAAACAGAGGUGAAGAUUUUUUUUCUCUUAGAGGGUUGUCAGUGUCUUAAGAAUUCCCUUCCUCAAAAGGCAGUAGAUACAGAAUCUUUAAACAAUUUUAAAACCGAGGUAGAUAGAUUCUUGAUUAACAUGGGGAUGUAAAAUUAUCGGGGGUAUGCUGGAAUGUGGAGUUGAGGUUAAAAUCAGAUUAGCCAUGAUCUUUUGAAUCAUGAAGCAGGUCUAAAGAACCGAGUGGCCUACUCUUGUUCCUUGUUUAUAUGUUUACUCCAGAAGGCAUUACAAUGGAAUCUGUUCUUUAACUUCAUUUUUGCACUUAGCUUACCUCCUGAGGUGGCUCAUCCACUGGACGGUAAGGAUGAAUGGAAAGAUCAGCUGCUCCUUCCUCCAACCCACACCAUUUCUGAGGCCAUGUAAAAUAUAAAACAUAUCUCCCAUGAUCACUAGUUCCUGCCCCCACACUUCCUCCCAUCCCUCUUUACACCUUUUCUUCCAGUUGAACUUUUGAUGGGAUGCUCUUUAGGCAAAGGUGAAAAUGAUGAGGAACUAUUUAAACUUUCAAAGCUCUAUCACAAGCACAAUGGAACUAAUGGCCUCUUAUUCUGUAUCAAUCUCUUAUUUGUGGAAGAUGCUGGAUUGAUAGGAGAAAGCUGGUAUCGAGUACAUUGUCCACCUUACCAAGGGCACGUGAGACUGGUUUUUGACAAAUGGAAAUAUUAGUGGCAGUCUGAAUUGUCUAGUAUUUGCGGACUUGACCCAGUUACCGGAUAUAUUUCCUCCUGCUCCUUUCUUGAUCAUACCUUUCAUAGAUCAUGCCUCUGACCUCCGGCUGGGAGUUGGGACAGAGGACAUUGUGUAGGCAACCCAGCAAGGCUCAAGAUGCAACAUUUAGUAGGGAAACUAUAGCAGUGAAGUAGCCUUCUGGACACCAAGUUUGGUUUUCAGAGAAAGAACUGAGGGCAGGGGAGGAAGCUGACCCAUUUGAUGUCCUGUGGGGGAAUUAAUUAGAUUUGGAGGUGGUGGAUUCGAGCCUGGAUCUCAACUCAGGACAGAUGCAGGGCACGGGAAGACUUAUGGUGGGCGUCAAUUUGGGACUUUAACAGGACAGGAGAGAAUAUACUAGCACCAACAUCAUUAGUUUGAUAAAUACUGGCAACAGCUGUUGCUAUAAAUUUAAAACUUCAGAGUUAAAAUCAGGCUUAUUUAUGGCAGAGACUACAGAGAUAAGAGAGUAACUAUUUAUCCUGUCCCAGCUAAGAGAGAGACGUGUGAAGGAAGGUAGUCAGGUACAAGUCUCAGAGAGACAAUAGGCUCAAAGAGGGAAAUGGAGAGUGAAAGAGGGAAAUGAAAUCUGAAGAAAAGUGAUGAAAAUGGGUAGAAAUGUUAGUUGAAAGAUAAAGCAGGAAGGAUGGUCAUGGGCAAGGAUAUGAUUUGAGAUGCUGGGGAAAGGAUGAGAAAUAGGAGACAAUGUGGUGAGACUGGAUUUCAUCUACAUGAAGGAUGGAAGAAUGGGAAAGGAGAUCUGGUGUUUGGGAGGAACAAUGAGACCUAUUUGGAGGUGUCCUGUAAAUAUUCCUCCUGAUAUUCAGUCCAGUACUAUUGACUGAAGCAGAAUCAAUAGCUGGAUGUGGGGUAUAUUGGAUUGGGUAUGCAACCCAUCCUGUUUCACAUCCCUGCCUGUGCUCAGUUUCAUCCCAAAUGAAUGAAGGAGGCCAAUGACAUGCAAAGGAAGAAGGAUACAGACCUGGGAAGCAGAGUAAUGUUAAAGGCAGUGACAAACUAUGACUACAGCACAGAGGAAAUCAGGUAACAAUCUAUAGCGGACUAUAUAACAAUGACUUGUUUAGAUUUGCACGGCUUAAAGCUAGAAUUAUCCUUCUGUAAACUGUCUGGAAAGAUGUUUGCAAUAUCCAAAUACCCUUACCUUGGUCAGACUCAUAGUUUUUUUUAACUUUUUUAUCUGUAUGGUAAAUUUACAAGUAUUUUAAAACGUACUUUGGUUAAAGUUUGGGAUCAUCUCUUCUAAGUCAGAUUGAUUAAAAAACAGAAUAAAAAUAUCACUCUGAAGAAGAAAUUUUAAACCAAAAUUUUAACUAUUUUUCCUUCUCCACAGAGGCUGCCAGACCAUCUGAGUAUUUCCAGCAUUUCUUUUUAUUUCUCAUUUCCAGCAUCUGCAAUAUUUUGCUUUCACAAUAAAUUGCAUUCUUCUAUUAUCCAGAGAUGAUUUAAUUUGAACUACUUGCUACAGAUUAUUAAGGGUGUCUGUAUAACUUGCUUCCUGCUAUUUGACCGGCAACAAUAUAUAUCAUAUAUAUGCCACUCAUUUAUAUUAAGACAAAACCAAGGCACAGAACUCUCCUGAUAUCUGAAUCCAGACAGCCUCCCCAGUGCAAUACUGAGUCAGAAUGGAUCCCAGUUUCUAGCUUGAUCUGUAAUGAAUUAGCUUAAUUUCAUUGGAGCAAUGACAGAAGUGUCACAGUUGGCCUCAGGACCCCCAGACUGAGGAGGAAUUUAAACAACAAGGCUUGCCGCCUUUGAUCACUACAUUAUGCCAAAGGACCAUGGGUACGUGUGGAUAUCGAAUGACUAGACUUGGGUUUGUGAUGCUCAUUUCGGUCGAACAUUCUGCCUCCACUCAUGACAAUGCUUAUGUGGAGAACAGCCAAUUAGGUGAGGGAGUAGAGGUUGGGAACCAAUCUUAAGUGCAUACCCCACUGAAAUUCAGCACAGUGGGAAGGAAGUUGAAAAUUGGAGAUUAUGUUUCCAAACCUGGUGACUGGGUUAUGUUUUGACAUAAUAAAAGCUCUGGUUCCAGUUAACUAAUGAGCCCCUUCAAAACCUGUGUAGUCAACCGAUUGUCUGUUUAGGACAGGAUAAUGUGGGUUGCCGUGGAAUUAAACAAUCAGUUUCAUCGAUCUCAUUUGUAAUCAACGAACUCCUGGUUUACAAUCUAGUUCCUAAUAGUGUCUGGGAGCCAAAGUGUCCCUUUAUGUCAUGUUGAAUUUUAUAACACUGAAAUAGUUUAUGCUGGUGUUUAUCCUCCAUGUACGUAGAUUGAAUUUUAUCAGAAUGUUCAAGUCAAAAAAGGGGAUACUCUUUUAGUACCCUUUGUAGGCUGUUUACAAUACUUUGUUUGCAGCAUGGAGGUCAAUAUUUUCACACUCAUAUUCUACAUUGAAGAAGAUAAUUCUUGCUUUGGAAACAUUUCAUGGGUUCCACAUUCACCAUGAGAAGGGUCAUGGCUGAGUUCAAUCUUCAUCCUACUUACAUGAUUUGUACAAAAAGGGACAAUGAAAAAGAGGUAGUACUCAGUUGGGGGAACUCUGCUUUUCUCCUGCUAUACUCCCAGAGAUAUCAAGAACAAUGGUUGUGCCCUGUUGUUGUCCUACUCAGGUUCAACUAACUUAUUACAGAUUAAUAAUUGAAACUGGAUCGUUCCUGCUCUAUAUAUUUCAGUACCACACUGGGCUGCAAAUUUGGGUCAAUUGAAUCAAAUGAUCUAUUCUAUAAAUGGCUAUCAACCAGUAAAAUUGAGAUCAAUUCAUGUAAAGUGUAAUGGCUACCAGUUUGGGAUAAUGGGGCCGAGUGUUGCACACUAAAAACGGCUAUCAGUCUGCAGUAGUAGAUUAUAUAAGUUGACAAGAAUGUGGGUGCAGAGAUGUUGCUGAGCUGGAAAUAAUUUGUUUUCUAGUUUCUCCAACCUCUUUUCCCACCACCAGACUAGAAAUGUGCACAUAGGUGUAAGUUGAGAUUUGUUGACAAUGAUUGCAGUCAUCUAAUACAUUGUUUAGUCAUUCACUUUCCAUCCCCAUCUGGUUCUUGGCUUUGUUUUGGUCAUGUGUGCAGUGUUGUUGUAGCCAAUAUCAGACAAGGUCUAAUCAAUGGUUUAAAACUGUUCACUGUACAAAGUGCCUUGGACUUCAAGCUAAGGGGUCAUCAUAUCGAAGGAUAUUCAU